AUGAAAAAUCAUUGGGAUAGUACAAAGAGUGAGUGGAAGAUAUGGUAUAAACUGAAAAGGGAAGAGACUGGGCUUGGAUGGGAUUAUGAAAAAGAUACAGUCGUGGCUAGUGACGAUUGGUGGGUUAAUUACUUGCAAGUCAAUCCAGAUGCAGCUAAGUUUCGUGAGAAGGGAAUUGAACACUCUUACCAAUUAACAGCUCUAUUUAAAGAUGGGAUAACAACAGGUAAUUCGGCUUAUGGACCUUCACAAGGAACUUUACCAGAAGAUAAUGCUGGACCUUGUCCAAUUGAGCAAGAUACACAGGAUACUCAAGAAGAAAUGGACGUAGAUACUAUAUUUCAUAAUGAAGAAGAACAUAGGGAAUAUGAUAAUAAUCAAGAAACUGGUGGUGUUAGGGAGAAUGAUGGUACACGUAAAAAAUCAGAGGAUUUCAUUCCGCCAAUUGAGAAACGCCGAAAAGUGACUCCGGCAACUAAUAUGAACAACAUGCUUGAGAGAAUAUGCAAUGCAGUUGAAUCAAGGGCAGCAAAUUCUAACCGUGCUGGCGGAAGAAACACAAUCAAGGAGUGCAUAGACUUGUUGAACCAAAUGACAAAAAUACCAAAAGGAGGAGAUCUUUACAUGUUUGGUUGCGACACUUUGUUCUUACAAAAAGAACUACGAGAGCUAUUUGUGGCACUCGGAGAGCAUGAUUUACGUCUUAGUUGGCUUCAAAAUCGACACAUGGCUUCUAAGACAUCCCAUCCAUAG